AAAGCCGGCCGAAGAGGCAAAAUCUGCAACCAUGAAGAUGAAGAGAUGCGUCAUUCCUAGCAUCCUGCUGAUGCUCGCACUUGAGGCCGCCGUCCUCGUCGCCGGCCACCCCUCCGCUAUGGCCGUCACCAACGACGAGGGUACCAUUCUCCUGCCGAGCGAAGGCAAAGAUCAAGUAGGAACGGCGGCGGCUUCCAGGCCAUGGGAUUGCUGCGACAACACCAUAUGCACCAGGUCCUUGCCGCCUAUCUGCAUCUGUCUGGACGAGGUCGACGAGUGCGCCUCCACCUGCAUGGCCUGCGUGCCGUCCGUCUCAAACCCCUUCCGCCGCGUCUGCGGAGACCAGUACUUCGGCGACCCCGGGCCCAAGUGCAACGAUGACGUCCUCAAAGCCCAAGGUGAUCAUCAAGUGAGCGUAGCGGCGGUGGCGGCGGAGAAGAACGGGGCAGAGGAGGAGAAGCCGUGGGAGUGCUGUGACAUGCCUCUGUGCACCAGGUCAUACCCGCCGAUGUGCCGCUGCGUGGACGAGGUCGAGCAGUGCGCCGCAACCUGCAACAGCUGCGGGGUGUCCAUCUUGAACCCGUUCCGCCGCGUCUGCAACGACUGGUACAACGGCUUCCCAGGUCGCAGGUGCACUGAGGCCGCCGGCAGCGGCGGUAAUAACUAGCACCGGCGUUGAUCGCCCGAUCAACGCCAUCAACCGUGCACUUGAGUUGCUCCUGCAUGCACUGUGUGACAAUAAAAUAAGAAAUGGAUGGCCGGCUGGCCUGCUAUCGCUACUGCUUGCCUGAAUGGUGAUCAGGCAACCAUGCAUGAAUAAAUACAAGUCGAUCGAGCUAGCGUCUGUAUGUUGCAACGUUUUAAUAAAAAUAAAUGGUGUGCCCUUUCGGUUUCA